AUGCGUACCCAAGAACCAAGCAAAGUUGUCAAAUUGUCGCUAGCGGAUUCCUCGGUAUCCACUGCUGCUAUCAGUCAACCCCGCCAGUCUGAGGAAAUCACUAUCUUCAAGUCAGCCCUAACCGAGGAGAAUGAAGCCCGUAGACAUUCGGCGCAAUCUGGAAGCGGUAACGAAAAGAGAAAAGAAUUACCUCAACGACCAGUAUUGGGCGGCUAUCCCCUGCUAAGUGGCAGGCCCUCCCUUCCAGUCGGAUAUAGUGGAAGUCAGACGGAAAGUUCUAACAGCUCUUCAUCCAGUGUUGGGGAAAAGCAUCAUUUUGAUACCUUCAUGGCGCAAGGAAAGGACACAAAGGUCUUAGCUGCAGAACCAGUUAAGCUGGGCCGCGAACCAGUGGUCGUUCGAUGUCAGACUUGUCAGCAGCGUACUAUGACAGUAACCACAUUUCACAUUGGUGUCAUAACCUGGCUAUCCGCUGUACUUAUCUUCUUGUGCGGUGGCAUCCUUGGCUGCUUCCUAAUUCCUUUCUACACGGACUGUUGUAAGGAUGUGAAGCACACAUGCCCGGUUUGUGACACGGAAAUUGGACUGGUGAAGGUGAUUUAACCGCGGGCGGUGAUCAACCGAAUGUUGCAGAAUCGUGCUUCGACGUUACUGUCUGUGGUGAAGAUCAAAAUGACACUUUUCACCGAAUGAUUUCAUUUGUAUUUCUAAGAGCGCCAUUCAUGUGCUAAUCCAGGCUCAGGCAUCAUCUCACCCUGAACAAUUCACUAUCAAAGUACCUUUCCCAUGUUUGUGACCUGAUGCAGCCUGUCACAGUUGUAUUCCCCAUAGGUCGAAACUCCCCCCGUCCAUCUCCCUAGUACAGUGACACCAAGAACACCGUUGCAUUUCCUCCCUACUUCUCAACCAGUACGUCAAAUACUGUUUCAUCAUCCGCUAUGCUACUGGACUGAGGAAUAAAUAAAUCACUGUUGUUAC